AUGGCCGAACCAUCCGCCAUACUCGCUGAAGCGCUUAACGGAGUGACGCAGGCGACGUUCAAAGCUCUUCGUGCGUAUGAACAACGGAGCCGCAAGGGUGUUGGGGAGAAGGAGCGCGAGCUUGAGGAUCUUACGGCUGAGAGGGACGAUGCUGUUGAAGAUGCUGCUAGGUUGCGGAAGCAGCAGAGUACUUUGAUGAAGGAGAAUGAGCAGUUAAAGGCAGAGCUUGAGCGCAUGGACCUCGCGCACUCGCAUCAGACUCAACUAGUCGACGAUCUCCGCGAAGAAGCCCGCCAGUGGAAACAAGAAGCCGAACAAUGGAAACAACAAUGUCUACGGAUCGAAGAGAGCUCCCGUCAGCAGAUCACAGACUGGAAAGACCAGUAUCUGCGUGCUGAGGCCGAGCGUACGCGUGUGCUUGUACGUUACGAGAACGUGCUGAAGCAGUCUUCUGCGGACCCCUUCGCGUCUUCUCAUAGGACACCUGGCGGUACUCAUGCUGAUCCUACUGCGUCUGGCAGUCGUACUGGCGCUGUCUCGGCCCGUGGUAGUACGGAGAAACCUGUGGUCUCGCCCAUAGCCCCGCUUCUCCCUACCCCGUCUACGCACAACCCGACCCCCGGGCCAUCACAAACAGUCAUCCGCCGCGUCUCCACCACAUUCACGUUAGAACCCGAGGUCAAAACCGAGGAAGAGUCCGACAACGAGCGGUUGACGCCACCGACGCCAACCGCUAGUAGACCGCGGAAGAACGCCGUCGGCUCAAGCUCAAAGACGAAGGCCAGGAACGACGAUAGCGGUGACAGCGAAGAUGAACCGGUCAGAGUGAAAGCUCGUCCGCCUCGGCCACAUACGAAACCUAGCGCAAAGAAAGCGCCGCAUGUCCCGUCCGCCUCGCGCGCAAACCGCCGACCUGAGCCAUAUCUCGAAAGCGAACCGUUAGACGAUGUAGACGGGCUUUCACCUCUCAAAGUCAGAGUCAAGCGUGCACCGCGACGGAGUAACGUCCCUCGAGAACUGGAUUCCGACGAAGAGAUGAAUGAAGACGACGAUGAACUUGACAUGGUCAGCGACGAGGGUGCUGCGAGCGCAUCGCGCAAUCGACGCCCAACACCCAAGGCGCCGAAGAACGGCGCUGCACGCCGCGCUGCAGAACCUGCUUCCAGCCGAAAACGCAAGCUCCCACCCGAUGCGGCUGCUACGCCAGCAGCCACGCCGGGGAGGGCGAAGAAGCAACGCUGA